AUGUGUGACGAGACGCAGGAGCUUCUGCGACUGCAAGAACUACGACGUCAGAAUGACGUCUCUUGUACUAAUUUGCCUAUAAUAUACGAUACAAAUCAAGGUGACGAUGUUGUAGGAUCGAAACGUCAUACUUGGGUGCUUUUUAGUGUCAUGGGUGGUCUUAUUUAUGGCUAUAACGUUAGCCUUGCAGCUACAUUGCAAUACAUAUGUAACAAUUUAUCUCUAUCAUCGACGCAGGAGGAAGUUUUGAGUGCUACGGCAACGCUAAGUGACGCAUGUUCGAUGCUUGUGGGUGGUUAUGUAGCUGACCGUUUUGGCCGAAAAGUAACAGCAAUGUUUGCUUGCUUAUGCUCAAUUAUUGGUGCAUUAAUGGCUGGAAUUGCUAGCUCUAGCUUCUUGCUCCUCGUGUUGUGGCGGCUGUGCUCAGGAGUGGGAAAUGGCUUGUCCAUCUUGCUUCUUCCCAUGUACAUUAGUGAGUGUGUCGACACUGCGAGUCGUGGAGUGUUUCUCACGCUCUUUCAACUGGGAGUGAAUUCAGGAGUGGCUUUGCCGUAUCUCUUCAUGAUCAUCGUAAGCGAGAACUGGAGAGCGUGCUUAGCAUUUGGCAGCUUGCCAGCUCUGUGUGUGCUUUAUAGUUUUCACGUCCAUUUUCCGGAGAGCAUUAAAUGGCUUCGCUGGAAAGAGCAUUCCCAGGAUUUGGAAAAUGAAGUAACCGAUGUAUUGGACGAGAAAAGUGUCCAUUGUGUUGGGAUAGCAACUGUCAACAUGAAGAGCGGAAGACACGGGAGCUAUCAUCAUCCAAAAGAUCAGGAUGGUGCUGCAUUUUCUUCAUCGUCACCGACGUUAUCGAAGUCAUCUGCGUCUCCUAACCAGUACCUUGAGCUCGUGAUUGGUCUUUUUCUGGCAUACGUGAAUAAUUGCGUCGACGCGUCUCUCUUUUAUGGGCCGGAGAUAGUCGCGAAGACGAGCUCAUCCUACUCAAGUAGAGAUGCGAACAUAUUCGGGCUCUUGUGUUCACUUGUGGCUGUCGUGUCGGUGGUUUUUGCUGGACGGUUUGUCAUCCCGAAGUUCUCGCGACGGCAAGUGUACCUAACUUGCCUUGCUGUCGUCUGCGGGUGCUUUGUGAUAAGCGGUGGAAUUCUUGCGCACUACUCGGCUGACGAUGUUGCUCGCAAUGCGACAGCAUCGACGAGCAUUGUGAUCACUAUUGCCGUGCUUAACGUGUUUGGUGCUGUCGGUCCAAAUAUUCUUUUUGUUGUCAUCCUCAGUGAAUUGUUUCAAGACAACAGCUACCGCGCGCGAUACAUGAGCUACUGCACUUUCGCCAUGUCGCUUAUUUCAUUGCUCACAAACGGCUCCAUGCUCACUUUGUUUGAAACCUUCGGCACGGCAGCUACUUUCAUUGCGUUCGGCGUCUCGUACGUGGCAUGCUUGGUCUUCUUUUGGGUGUACCUGCCGGAAACAAAGGAACGCCAGCUAGUUUGA